CAGAUUUUAAGGUUAUGUGGAUUAUUUGUAAAAUAAUUAAAUAAACCGAGUCUCUUACCUCCUACUAAACUUUAAUAAAAUGCGAAAUACAUUUACUUUUCCGAAAUUAGACCAGUUAUUUGAUGUUUCUGGUAUAUCUUCGGAUAAAGUGGUAGUUAUAUCCAUUAUCGGAAAAUCUGCAUAUAAAUCGUACGGAUUAAAAAUUAAAUCCAUUGGUCGAGUGAUACCAUCCCAAGAUGUUAAAGAUCAAGAGUGUGUAAUCGAAGGUUCCUACGAUGAAGAGAGUCAAACGAUAUACCUCCACAUGUGCAGUCCUUUGGACACUGAUUCAUUGAUUAAACAUUACAACGAAAUAAGAGAUAAAUGCGAAUCAGAAAGGAAUUGCGAUGAUUUCUUAGCCGUAUAUGAUGAUAUAAAGAGCAUGUUUGCUCGUUAUUUAUUAUUUCUAUUUCAUGUCAGCCAUAUUAUUAUUCUCUCUCAUCCAGGUUCUACCCUUGACACCAAUUACAUUCAGUACUUCAAAGCGAUGGACUCUUUAAGCCAAAAAAUGAAUGAUGAUAUCACUGAAAGCUUAAAGAAUAUUGACAAUAUUAGCCAGGAAUGGGCAUCAGUAGGUCGUUUUUGCACACCAAGACUUAUAUUUUACUUCGAAAAAUGUCCAUCAAACAUAAAUAAUGUAAAAAAAUUGGAACACAAUCUAGAAGACAAGAUUUAUUACAUAUUAAAAAAGACUAGAAUUAUCAGCACGACAGGGUGCUCUCUCUUUGCCAUUCCAUUAAACGAUGAAUACGUUUAUAUAGAAGAAGAAACGAGGUCUACUGAUAGGCUAGAUUACAUGGUAAAGGGCCUUCUGAGCGAUUGCCAACCAGGCGGGGUGAUGCAAAUAGAAGUCCCCUAUUCCAGUCAACCCAGCAGCGAAAAAAAUUUCCAUAAAUUUUUACAAGUCCACAUUCAUCAAGCUCGAACCAAAGGUUUCGACGACACCGUCACCUCAGGAAGACAUCCUCAUUCACAAACAAUGCAUUUCGAGCUUCCCUUGUUGAAGCAAUGGAUCAACUCCAGCGUUAUGCUCUACACAUUGUUCACCAAGAGAAAGUUGGUGAACUUGCUUUGUACAGAAACCCGCUUUUCUGAGCAAAGAUGUUUGAAAGUAUUGCCUCUCGCUUUGGCCAGGUACCAGGAGAACUUGCCCUCUCACUACGCCAAAGCCGAACACGAAGCCAGAUUAGCUAUAGCCUUGGCUCUCUUUAGAGCUCAAGCGCGCGGUCCUGCUUUUCAACAAUACGCCACCCAACUAGAAAUGGAUUGUCAGGCGCACUGGGAAAAUGGAAGGCAACAGUGCGAAGUUGCUUCGUUGACUGGAAACCCUUGUAAAUUACCUAAACAUAGCAGCGAUCAAGACCAUUUGAGUGGAUUUAUUUAUAAAGCGAUUUGUGAUUGUGGUAGGAAAGUGGGAGCAAGGGAAGAUCCAUACAGCGUGAAACAAGCCAAUCGCAUCUUUUAUCAGCAAAUAUCCAAGGAAUGCCAAUGUUCGAAAUUGGAACGGAUAAUUUUCCCUCACUAUCAGAAAGCAUCUAAAGAAACACAAGAAUCUGAUGAAUCGAGUACAGAAAAAGACAAAAAAUUAUCUCAAGAAGAUACUAUAAAUAAAUCAGAAUAUUUACAUGGCAUGCUUACGUUGAGUUCUUCGCCAAGUUUAUUACCAUUGUACUCUUCGUGGUCUCUGGUUUGUUUGGGAGCAUCAUCGUUAUACAGCCACAAUUUAGGUUUAUCCGAGUCGCACCACCCAGGCUUUUUAAGUUCUACAAAUUACCUCUUGCCUUGGGACGUCACCGUUUACUCGAAAUCGAAACAAAACUGGCCCCACAUUAACAAGUACGCGACGAGAGGUAGACGAGGCCGAUCUACCAGCAGUCAACCCCAGUUUACCGUAAAAGUCUUCAUUGGCGUCGAAUACGAAUGUUCUUCCGGACAUCGAUUUAUGCUAUCGGGGCCGGACAGAAUGUUGAAAGCGAUGCCAGGAAGUAUAGUGAAGGAUACAGGGCAUAAAGUCGCUGAAAGCGACAUGCCGCUUUAUUAUCCUUGCGCUUGCAGAGCUGGAAAAUUGGCUCAGUUGAUGAGACUGCAUGUUGUUACUCCGAAGGCUCCGGUUUACUGCACUUUAGAUCCAAAAGCGCAGCCUGCACCUUGUGCUCCGAUUUUUGUAAGCACCUUAGAUGGACCUACCAAGUUAACGCAGUCUGCUUAUUGGAUAAUGCGCUUGCCAUACAUUUACGUAGCAGAUAAAGAACCUUACCCGGUGAAUCCUGCUGCCAGGCUCCUGCAAGGUGUUUUUGGGGUGACUGAAAUGGAACAAUGAGACUUAAAGAUUACGUUGUUGAGAAGAACGCAGGGGCGGGUACCUUGACAUUUACCUUAAGUCCUAAGGCUUUUGUUUCAAUUCAAGGUCUCAGAAAAUCUCAUAGCAUUUGAUUGUACGUGUACAUUGUUUUAAGAGAUUUACAGUUUAUAGCAUUGUAAAAUGACGUUUGAAAGUAGUUUUUUUGGUAAUCUUUACGAAUAAAUGCGAGUUUAAAUUUAAUUGUUGCUUUGUUGUUUUAG